CUUUAUUUCCCCAUGUGUUGGGGCGUGUGGGAUCUCUUGACCGGGAAUAUUGAUCUAGGUGGGCUUUGCGCAUCUGUGAGUCGUGGAAGUGUGGAGGUAAAGUUGGCAGGAGGAGCGUGACAGGUGCAGCAGCUCCCCGCCUCACCUGGGCACCGCGCCGCACCUGCCAUGGCACCACGCCUCCCGACCCCUGUGUGAGAGAGGCAGGCAGUGCAGGAGGUGGGUGGGUGGUGGAAAGGAAGGUAUGAGCCUCCAGGAUAAGGGAAGUAGGCUAAUAAAGCACUUAAUUAGAAAGAGAAGCAAUACAUUUUCAUUAUUACGUAUGUGUGUGCAGUCACAUGAAAAUGAUAACACAAAUUUUGUCUGAAUAUGAUCUGUGGUAAGAAAUAUUGAUGUCCUAACUGCCCUCUAUCAACACUUUCAGUUUCUUCAUCUUCAUAACUAGCACAGUAUCGAGGAACUACUUUGAGGCGCCAGGUGUUCCUUUGCAUUGCCGCUGUGUGAAGCGUGUUUCAGGUUUCGUCAGAUGGCUUCUGUGGAGGACCAGUAUCAGAAGGCGUGGCAGCUGUGUCAGGAGGAGAGUCAGAAUGACCCUGACAGUGAACCCUACAAGUCCAAGUAUGCUGCUCGUGAAAUAUUUGAGGAGCUAAAAUCUCGCCUCAGUAAACAGUUGGAUGAGGAUGAUGUGGAUGAUGAGAGCAGCAGCUUUUCUGAGGAGGGUGUGGAUGGUGUAGGCCUCACCCGUGCCCGCAUGGCCGCUGUCAUGUACCAUCUUGGGGUCAUUGCCGUGGAGACUGAGGAAUUCUCAACAGGGGAGGAAUACCUGAACAAUUCACUCAUUAUUGUUGGAGAUGAGGGUGGCAUCAGUGCAGGAGUGUCCUCAGCUGAAGUUGAGGAAGCACAGGUAGUGACAGCAGCACUCUUAGGUGAUUCUGACAGCCUCCUCUCUGACAGCAGCAAGACAGCUUCCAUCAGCCCCAUUGCCAUUUCCCCCACAACCAUUGCUCUCACCAUAAGCUGCCACAAUCAGCUGGGUAUCUUGUGGUCCAACCGUGGCCUUUAUUCCACUGCCAGGCAUCACCUUGAUCGUGCUGAUGCCCUCUACAUUGAGUACCAGCAGAAGAGUUCCAAGCUGCCACGCUCCAUACACAGCCUCUUCUCUACGUGCAGUGAGAAGGGGGCAGAGGACAAAAGUGGGGUUCCUGCUCUUGAAAAACUUCACACCCUCACCUAUUACUACUUAGCACAGGUAUAUGGACACCUUGGAGCACCAGACAGGUCAGCCUGGUACUGCCACUCCACACUGCAGCGUCAGCUGGCCAGCAAGGACUAUGAUCCUCUUGAGUGGUCCAUCAAUGCUGCCACAUUGUCUCAGUUCUACCAGGGAAAGGAAAAAUUCAGAGUGGCCCGUCACUUACUGGCCUCGGCAUCCAAGGUGUUGGCUGGCCAUGAGGCUGAGAUGAACACAGCAGAGGCAGAGUCAGAGGAUGCUGCACACAAGCAGGAAAAGUAUAACCAGUGCAAAGCUGACGUAGCAAGGUGUUGGGGCCGGUACUGUCUGGUGCUGAUGCAAGUGUCCUGUGACAGAGUGCUGCCAGAUGACUCAACACAGCAGGCAGCAAGUCAGGACCAGCAGGAAGAAGGUGACUCAUUAGAUACGCAGCUUGAGUUCCUUCAGCUGGAAGUUAGUGACUUGGAAUCUGAAGUGUCAGGAACUACUGUGCAAGAAUUUGACGAGGCUCGCCAGCUAUUCCUGGCAGGGCUGAGGUGGCUGACUGAAGCUCGCCAGCACUACACUCUGGAGGACCAUGCCAGUGACCACGUCAGCAUUACUCAGGAGAUGAGUCACUUGUAUAAAGCUCUUGCCUUUUUUGAGCCUUCAGAAGAACGCCGAUGUAAGAUGCACAAACGCAGGGUGGACCUGUUGACUGUUCUCAUCAAAGAACUGAACCCACAAUACUACCUUCAUGUGUGUCGUCAAAUUUAUUAUGAAUUGGCGGAGACAUAUUCUGCCAUGAUGGACAACAAGUUGACUCUGUUAGAGGGUGAGCAGUCCAGACCUACCUCCCAGCAGACCAAGAAGAUUAACACACUUGCCACCUCCAGCAUACAACACUUCCUCCACUACCUCGAUUCCCUCAAGGACAAAACGACUGGGGAGCAGCCCACAACAUACCCAGAGGAUGCUCUUCGUCCAGCCUUAGUAGCCUGGUUCCACUUGGGGCGCCUGUGGUCCAAGCUUAUCACCUCUGAAUCUGUCACCAAGAUGCAGAACCUAAUACAGUCUCUUCAGAAUUAUAAGAGGAUAGUAGAAUACUGUGACCGACACCCAGAAUCCCAAUCUGUGAUGGCGCAGGAGUUGGCUAUAAGUAGGGAAAUGGUGCAGCUUCUGCCCCUGAAGGUGGAGCAGUACCGGGCUAUGAUUCACUGAGUGAGUAGCCUUGGGUGAGUAACAUUAACACACACCAAAGGGACAACCAUCCCACAGGCACCAAAAAGUGAGCAGGUACUUCAUUUUUUAAAAUAUAUUUUUUAUUUGCUCCACUGAAAAAUAUUUUGCUGCAGUGUUAAGUGUUAGAGGAAGCUGUAUAUAGUUGUGUAUAGUUUAUUUGAUAUCAUGUUUAAAUGUCUUUAAGAACUUAUUAUUAUGGAAACAUGAUCAUUGUAUUUGCACAAUUAUAAUGAAAAGCAGAUAAUAGGUGACCACUUCGAGAGCAGUCAAGAUAGGGUGGGAUGAUGUUAACUUAUCAUUCACAGCUGAACACCUUACCUAUAUAUUGGAACUUUGCAUGAAUGACUUACGUAAGUACUGUCAUCUUCUUGCGUCCCUCAGUUUAUCCUUACUUAUUGUUACUUACAGAGUGGAUUUAAAUGAUGGGAAAUUACCAGGUUCUAAGUGCUGCAUUAAAACUAUCUAUUCCUAAUAAAAACACAAGGCAUAAUCAUAAGUAUAUAAUAAAUUACUCAAAACUAUUUAUGUACAGAAAUCUUCGUGGAGGCAAUAUGUAUCAGGCAGAAGGUGGCUGGCAAGGCAGCUGGAUGCAUCAUAUCUCAAUUCUGUAGCGUCUUCCAGUCCACAGCAGUCCUCUCAAAGAUUUAUUCCAUAUGGGAAUUCCUCAUAAGGGAAUUCAUUGAACUGCCUCCACCGUAUACAACAUUCAUGUAUAAUUAUUCAUACCUAUACACUCAACCCUCGUUUAUCCAGAUUUCAGUUUAUCUGGACAGUGUCCAUAUAAUAAUUUAAUAAUAUGAGUCCAGACGGCCAACAAAUUAAUCAAAACAACUCGUGCACUUCUAGAGACGACCAAUAGAUAGCAGCGCCGCUGCGAUAGGCAGUUGUAAGCAAGUCUGGCCAACACUAAUGAACACUGUAUUGUCCGGUAUCAAUGAACAAGUUUGUGGGUUUUUCAGUACCUUAAAACUCUUAAUUAUGUCUCCCAAGUGAGUGGCCCUAGCUGUGACUCAAAACCUGGAAUUAAAAAGAAAAUUAGAGAAAGGAGCUAGAGUUGCGAGUGUUUGUGAAGAGUUUGGUGUGGCUGAACAAACUUUGUCAGACAUUAGUCAAUCAAAAGAUAAACUGGUAAAAUAGUUUGCCAAACAGUGUGUGGAUGCAUCAUCAAGUAAAAGUGGUAAAGAUGCACCAAGGAAAAAUGUAAGUUGUGGAAAAGAUGCUGCAUUAGAUGCCGCAGUUAUGAAGUGGGACGUGCAGCAGCGAUCAGUGGGGACCAAUGUCCAUGGUCAUUGAAAUCCUUGCACCAGCUAGGAAGCUGGCACAGAAAUUGGUAUAGAGAAUUUCAGUGAUGGGUGACUGUGGCAAUUCCACAAUCAACACAGAUUUUUCAAUGCUUCUGUGCAGGGUGAAGCUGGUGAUCCGGACACAGCUAACAUUGCAUGACACUGCUGCAUGUUGUGGUAGUAGCCUUUACUCACUGUACUUCAUGUCUAUCAAGCUUUUUUUUUUUUUUUUUUUUUUUUUUUUUUUUUUUUUUUCCACAGCUAUUACAGGUAGGUUAGUUUUAGGAUUGGGUUAACAUAUACAGAAUUAAGUUUGUUUUAAUUUAACUGGUCAGGGAAACCAAAAUAGACUAAAUUUUGCAGUUCAUCAAAAAGUCUAAGGAGACAAACUACCAAAUAAAGGAGCCAUUUCUGUUAUCUGGACUUUUCAUUAUCCAGAUUAGUGUCUGCUCCAUUUAGUCGAGAAAAACGAGAGUCGAGUGUACUUAAGUCACAGCCAUGUUCAAUUUAUCACCUUGGUGCUGGUAAUUUCUGGUUAUGAUCUUUGUUGUAAUCAUGCCAAGAAAAGUUAUUACAAGCUGAACAAAAAAAACUAUGAAUUUUACCUUCUCAACAACCUUUUCCACUUUUCUGCUUUUUGAAUAAUGAAUUAUAGUAUGCAAAUACAAUGUUACUGUUUCUCAUACUGUGAUACUGAAGGUUUUCAUUUGAUCUCAACUGCGCUUUGUACAAACUUAGGGCUACUUGAAAAUUAUGAAUUAUAUUUAAAGUUUCUUCAGCAUGUAAGAGUUUACAUUAUGAACUAUGUUUAUGAAAGGAGACGAGAUUAUUUAGUUAAGAAUUGUAGCAUUGCUUUAUAGUAAAGAAAAUAUGAAGCAAUUAAUGUCAGUCUAUACAAAAUUCCAUGACUUCUUAUUCAAUUAUUUCAUCACUUGUCAUGGAACUGGUUUAUAUUUCAUCACCAGGCAUUGACCAAUAACUGCCAUCAGUCUUUCAGGAGUAAUUGUGAUGUACUCCUGAGAGACUGGCAAUUCAAUCACUAUAUAGUACCAGCCACUUGCAAGUAAUGAGUUGAGUAAUUACUGAACAUUUUGCUCCAGUUUUCAAAUCAUAAGGUUCAGAAAAAGAACAUUUAUAAAUUCUUAUAAUGAAUUCUUGUUCCAACAACUCUGUUGUCUUACUACAAAUUCAAGGGCAGUAUCAAAGUUUUGUUUAUGUAAGCAUAUCUAUAGCUCUAUAUUCUAUAUAAUUUAUUCAUACAUACUUUCAUGGUGUAUCCUGAUGGCUCCACAUCACACACAAGCAGUGUAUCAGUUAGAUGAGGAAAUAUCCCAAACAGCAUUGCCAGCACCAGCCAGACCUAACUAAAUUAUGACAGUACUGAAUUUCUUUCAGAAUUUCAAUUUCAAGAAAGCUAUAAAUUUAAUGGUGGAAUGUUGGUACUUUGUCAAUAUUGGUGAAGUGGAGCAUGGGUGGAGGAAGGUUCCCCUGUGGUUCGAGGCAGAAACUAGUGGCAGUGAGCUCAGUGCAACACACGAGACAGUGUAGCAACAUCUAUGGACUAAACAUAUCCAAUACUAGUCAAAGCAGCACAAAACUUGGGAUAGUAAGAAUUUAGGAUUAAAGUCCAAACUUGAGGCUCCCAAAACUCACAAAGGGAGGUAUAGUCAGAGGAUGGAGGAAAGGGAGGAACAAGCCUUGAAUCAUCCAAAGUAGAGUUUUAGCAAAGGUUUGAGAUAAAAGAUCAGCUUCAGGAAUAGAUGAGAUGGCAUUGGUGCCAUCAGAAUGAAAUGGAGUUAAAGGUGAAGAGGUAAAGUUAAUGGAGAUGUUUUUGGCUAAGUGCCAGAAGUCUUAAGGGGAGUUGGAUCGUGAAAGAUUUUGACUUUAUAUUAAUGAAGGAGUUUUGGAUAAAGAACUGUCUUGGUUUUGGAUAGAAAUAUAAAGUGCAUGAGAUUCUGUGAUGGAAAGCUCAAGUACCCUUAGUAAGCCACAUCUCUCAUGUAUAGUGUGAAAACAGGCUGUUUAAAGACAAGGUUUGGAAUUAGAAGGCUUAGGUCAAGAAAAAGAAUGAGGAAUGUACACUUCCAUGCCAGACAUAAUCACCUCUGUUAUGCACUCAGCACACACAGAUGGUUUGUCUCAUGGAAGCAGUAAUGGCUCCAAGGAAAAUCUGCAAUUCCUUCUCAGGUUCUCUCAACUUGCAGAUGCAAAAUGCCAGUCACCUCCACUUUCAGGGAUCCUGAGGAAGGAUUGCAGAGAUAGGACAACAGAUAAGAAAUUGUAAUCAGAGGAACCCAAUGGAGAAGAUAGUGUAACAGCAUAAGCAGAAGUUUUAGAGCUUAGGAAAAGGACAAGAAUGAAAACAGUUUAAAAAAUCAAACUGGUUUCAUAAAAUAAAAUUAGUUGUUUCGAGUUGAAAAUAUUCAAGUUUCAAGUGUCAUGGAGUUGUUGGAAACAGGAAUGACUUGAGUCUUUUUUUCACCAUUCAUGUAACAGUGGUAGGGCCUUUGACAGUUAUCAUUCUAGGUAAUGAUAGAAACAAGUUUUCAGUAUUACAAGGUGAAUUCAACUUUAAAAAAAUCUUAUGAUUGGAAAACAUGAUCAUGAAUACUGUAGCUGGUUAUGUUUUAUGUGCUGCUUUAAAACAUUAUUAGUAAAUGUCACCUAGGAAUUAGUUUGUAUAUAUAUAUAUAUAUAUAUAUAUAUAUAUAUAUAUAUAUAUAUAUAUAUAUAUAUAUAUAUAUAUAUAUAUAUAUUUUGGUUUGUUUUUGUUUUUGUUUUAUGGAGUAACCUUUUUUGUACUUUCAGUUCUCAGGUAUUUAUGUGCAGUAUUUUAGAGGGAAAAAAAAUUGUAAGAAUUCUCUACUGGCAAUAGUUAUUUGUUGUAUUUGCACCAUUGUAUGUGGUAAAUGAGUUCCAAGUAUCCAGUUACUGGAUAUCAGUGUUCCUAGAAUUUGAAAUGUGUGAACAUUGAUUCACUUAUGAAAUAUGCAGUAAAACCCUGGUAUGGUAGAGAAGCACAUCUUCAAAUUAAUUCAUACUAUCCCCUCACUAUCUCACAUAGGGAAUCUAGGUGGUGUCAUGUUGAGUGAUGUUGAGAUUCUUCUAGGGCGAUGAAAAAGAACCAUUAUUCUCUUUCUGACCACUCCAUUUUGUGUUGGCAAAGAAAAAUCAUUGAGAGUUGUCUCCCAGUAUAAUCCUACAAAGUGGCAUGGAAGCAAAAAAUUGAAUCUCGGCUGGAUGCUACUGAUAAUAGGACUGAUACGUUGGUAAGGCUAAGAUGAUCAAGCCUCAAGUUAAUGUGAUCAGUCUACCAGUACACAAGCAUCCAUAGUCCCAAAUCUUUUGAUACUUUUUUUCCAUUGUGUUGAUUUAUACAGGUGCUGUACAGUACUUAUUGUCACAUUAAGGUGCAAUACACAUGCAGUUGUAAUUGUAAGUGAAGUGAAAUUGAGGGUCCCAAUCUGUGUGUGCCUUGGUUUACUGCAAUAGGGUUUUGCUGCAUGUCUUUAGUUAUUUAUUGUGCUAUUGGAUUCUUGUUGGGAGUAUGACCUGAUAACAGUAAAUUUCAUUAGAUGUUGGACAUUUAUCAUUUUAGCAGGAACUUGGUGAUUUUUCAUAAUUUGCCAGAAUAAAUUAUUCAUACACACACACACACACACACACACACACACACACACACACACACACACACACACACACACACACACACACACACACACACACACAAGCCUGUCAUUCGUCCACCUUGCUAAUUGAACAACUCGUCAUUCUUAUGUUUGGCCCGUGGUUCACACUGCCUGUGCCAUGUGGUCAUAUCAGGUCAGUCUUCUAGUUUCCUUGCACUUAGCAUCAUCCACACAAGCUUUAUUAAACGUUGUGAUAUUUUAUUGUUAUUCUUUGUUAUUUUUAUUGAAAAUAGUGCAGCAGUAGGUCCAAAAGGAAUUAAUUUUCUUUUUAUUGUUAUUAAUAGUUAUUAUUAUUAUUAGUUUUUUUUUUUUUUUAUUAUUUACAUAUGUGACACUUCAUGUCUUUCUAUGCAAGAUCACUGGAGGCAUCUCUCAGCAGACAAUGCAGCCCAGCUUUGUUCAGUCACAGGUUGUCCACUUUGCUGAAUAUAGUUACAACUAGACUCUCAAGGGUUUAUUUCUCACUGCUUACUUUGCAGUCCUUUCAAUAUGCUGGACCCCUUUCACACACAGUGUUUGCUACUCUUCCGACUCUCAAGGGUUUAUUUCUCACUGCUUACUUUGCAGUCCUUUCAAUAUGCUGGACCCCUUUCACACACAGUGUUUGCUACUCUUCCAAACCACUGGACUUUCUUUAGAACUGUAUGUGCUCCCACUAACACAACAUCCUUAUCAUUUUAGAUGAAGUAACUGGCUGUGACAGCCCCAAGUGAUCCUGCAUACAAAAUGAAGAAAAAUGUAAUAAAUAAAAUUCAUAAAUGAUAAAUGAUGAUGAUAAUAAUAAUAAUAAUAAUAAUAAUAAUAAUAAUAACAAUAAUAAUCAUAAAGAAAAUCAAAUUAAAAAUAUAUUCAUACUAACAUAGCUAAACAAAUGCCAUUAUACUUCAGUAAUCAUCUGUGCAUCUGGAAUGCAUUAAUGUAGUUUACAUUAUUUGUUAUAGAAAAAAUAUUUACAAUUCAAAUAAAUUGCAAUUUGAACAGCCUCCUCGAAUGGAUUGUGUAUGAAUAAUGAGGUUCCACUUACAUAUGAAGAGCCCUGUGUGAAAGGGCCCAACAUGUCGCCACCACCAAAAUCACGUUUUUUGCAUUUCCUGCCAGGCCAACUCUUGCUGAAUCAUGAGGUGAAAACUGAAUUUCAGUACUCAUCCUUAUACUGUAGUAGAGAUAGAAAAGAUUGAGCGUUGCUAAUUUUGGUGUAUAGAAAGCAGCUAGAAACAGCUCAGUGGGUCAGGUUUCAGCAGGCAAGAGAGUUCAACUAACGCAGGCAGGCAGCCAAUGAGAGCACAGUUGUGACUGUGUCCCCCUCUUGACCAAUCAGCCAUGUGUCUCAAUCUGUGUUGUGUACACAUGCUAGUCACAUUUUGUGGCGUUUAAAGUCCUGGAUUAUUCACCCCUCCACCUUCCAUCCAGUGCCACCCACAUAAGCAACUUAAAACAUCCAUCAUUAGGUAAUGUACAACUAUGAUUAUGUUUAUGUCAGUGAAUAAUGCCUUUAUUACAGCCACAACAUAAUAAAAACAUUUAGUUUUGGAAAAAAAAUUCAUAAAAAAUUAAAUUUUGAUUAUGUCUGGAUAAAAAAAUACCAUGCCAUAUUCAUAGUGCCCGUUCAGUGUGAUCCAGCUUGGGCAACAAUCCAAAAAUAACUAAAGAAACCUAUUUUGCUUUUUUAUGGGUUUUGUUUUUUAUUUAUUUCUCUUUUUCAGGGAAACUUUUUAAAAAAUUGUCUUAUUGUAAAUUUUCCAUUGAUAUAUAAUACUUUA